GUCAAUACAAAUAUUAAAAUGUCACUUUGUAAAUUAAAUGUCAAAUAUUAGUUAUUUCAAUACUUUUACCCAGAUACCCCAGUGUGGAGAAGUUUAAAUGCAGCUCCGUGGAACACCUCAAAAGUCAAGAGCGGCAUAGGACUAUGUCUUUAUCUCUUAAUCAGGAAAUUAGUAGUUGCCUUAAGAAGUCUUGGAUUUUCAAUAUCGUCAACCUGAUGAAAUGCUAUUUUCAAAAAUAUUUGAGUUCCCAACGCACAACUAUAAGUAUCAUUCGCUGGUCGGGACACCUGGUUUUUUUUAAAUUUUGUUCCAUUAAAUUCAAAAGUGUGCCCAAUGCAAUUAUUUCUUUGCGGACCCAGUUUAAAAAAAAUAUUAGUCACAUUACUGCGGUUAAAAUGAAUAAACCCCUUUUAUACUGUGUUCUCUUGCCGGUUCUGGCUGGAGGAGUUUUUGGGAAUCGAUUCCAAAUUAACCUGAUAAAGCAGCUCAGUAGUAAGGAUUUGUCGGACAACUUUGUGGUCUCCCCGUUCGCAAUUCACCAGGCCCUAACACUUCUCUAUCUGGGAAAGAGCAACCGCAGAGACGUUCAAUUGGCCCGGGCCCUUCGAUUUACUGGUCGUCGUAAUGCCAAGAUUUUAUCCUUUUUCUGGACUGCUCGCUCUAAAGCACUUAAGCAAGACUUGAAGAUGGCAAAUCGACUUUAUUUGUCAUCGGACAACAAUGCAACUCAGCACAUGAUGAAAAUGAGUAAACUUAUCGGUGUUGAUGUGGAGAGCAUAAACUUCACAGACGGGCUCAAGUCCAGUGAAGAAAUCAAGAAGUGGUUGCACAAAUCCUUCGACAAAGGUGGACAGAACAUCGUUGACAAGAACGACUUAACCAACAUCACAAAAAUCGUGGGCCUGCAAGGCAUUUCUAUGUCGUGUGACUGGAAACACCGGUUCAAAUCGCUGACUAAACAGAUGUUUACUGUUGUAAAACCGAAUAAAGCACCUUUGGCUUAUAAGGUCGAAAUGAUGUACACUGUAGCACCCCUUCAGUUCUUCAACGAUGACGAGGUCCGGGGUGUUAUGAUCCCAUUUUCUAAGACCGAUAUCGGAAUGCUGGUCUUGAUUCCCAGACGACAACUGAGCACCCAGAAGGUGCUACAAAACCUGAAUAAGUAUCUACGAAUAAAACUGAGAAAAGCGGAGGAGACUCACCUGUUUCUACCGCUUUUUACGGUCCACGAAACCAUGGACUUGAACACAGCCCUAAAGGCUUUGGGCCUCAGGAAAGUCUUUGCCGACGUGAACGGGGACAAUAGUACGGAUGCUGCUAGUUUCAGGCAGUACAACUUUCUGGAAUCCAAGGCAAAUCGGGUUUUAAUAAACACCGAUGUCGGCAGCGACAAUGACCAGAGGGUCGUGAAGGUCAACCAGGGAUUUGUGUUCGUUAUCAAGGAUCACAGAAACAUUUUCAUGGUCGGGCGAAAGGAGUCGCUUUGACAGCGCAGUGCAGGAAUUUCCACUGAAAUGUCAGCUGAAUUGUAAAUUAAAUUAACGCGAAUUAAGCCAAACAAGA